AUGCGUGAGGUGUCCUGCGUGAGCAUGAGAGGUGUUUGCUGUUGGAUAGCUCAGUCCUUCCUCGUGCCGUGUCUCGGACAGAAGGUGCUGAACGGUAGCAAGCAGAAGGCCAGUACUAUGGGCCUGGUACUGGAUGCAGGAAGAAUAAGAUUUAAAAUGCUCGUUCCCUGGUGCUACGAUUCACAGGAUCCCAAGUGUGGCCCCAGGUACUGGAAGGAUCUGGCAAUGGGCUGUGGAGGAGAUAACCAGUCGCCCAUUAACAUUGACAGGCGUAAAGUGCAGAGGGACAGGAACCUAGGAGACGUCCUCUUUGAGGGUUAUGACCAGGCCCCGCCGGGCAAGUGGAGGCUCAUGAACAAUGGGCACACGGUGGUGAUGAGACUGGAAGGCAUGUCUGUGAGCGAACAUAUCAAUAUCACCAUUGGGGUGCUUCUUGAGAAGUUCCGAGCCCUGCAGUUCCAUUUCCACUGGGGGAACCUCAAGGGGAACGGCUCCGAGCACACCAUUGAUGGACACCAGUUCCCCAUGGAGCUGCACCUUGUUCACAUGAACACCAAGUACAAAACCUUCAACGAGGCCAAAGGGCAUCCGAAUGGGCUGGCUGUCCUGGGCUUCUUGUACAAGGUGUCGGAUGCUGAUAACUCCAAUUACAACACGAUUGUAGCUGGCCUGAAGAACAUUUCCCGUCAAGGGGAUUUUGUGGAUUUAGCAUCCACAUUUUGCUUGAACAACCUUCUUCCCAGCAUGGCCAAGCUGUCCAAGUACUACCGCUAUCAGGGCUCCUUGACCACCCCGGACUGCGCGGAGGUUGUCGUCUGGACGCUGUUUGAGGAGCCCAUCCCUAUCAGCCAGUCUCAGCUGAACGCAUUUGUCAACACAGUUCACUUCCCGGCCAAUGGCACCGGCACCUCUCUAGUGAAAAUGACCAACAACUUUCGACCGCCACAGCCUCUCAAGAACCGAAAAGUCUCUGCGUCCAGAGAUGCCACGAUCAGCCGCAGUGCCAUGCCCGGCGUCAGCCUCCCGCUCCUUCCUCUGCUCUUGGCUCUCCAGAUUGUCCACUUCUCAGGCCCCUCCUAA